ACUGUAAGGAGAUUUUGGGUUUCUCCGCUCUCUCUCUCCACUUCGCUGCCGCGCCUUUUCAACGGUGGUUCGCCGUCCGUCGUCGCCGAGGUUGAAGAUUAUCCACAAUGAGGGGAAGGAGCUACACUCCAUCACCACCAAGGGGUUAUGGGAGGAGAGGUCGAAGCCCUAGCCCUCGGGGACGAUAUGGGGGUCGUGGCCGAGACUUACCUACUAGUCUUUUGGUUCGCAACCUACGCCAUGAUUGCAGGCCAGAAGACCUCAGGAGGCCAUUUGAACAGUUUGGUCCUCUCAAGGACAUCUACAUGCCGAGGGAUUAUUAUACUGGAGAACCACGAGGUUUUGGUUUCGUCCAGUAUGUGGAUCCUGCCGAUGCUUCUGAGGCAAAACAUCACAUGGAUGGCUAUCUUCUUCUUGGCCGUGAACUGACUGUUGUAUUUGCUGAAGAGAACAGAAAGAAGCCAACUGAAAUGAGGGCAAGGGAGCGAGGAGGAGGAAGGGGCAAAUUCCGCGACAGAAGACGUAGUCCCCCUCGCUACUCUCGUUCACCUCGAUAUUCUCGAUCUCCACCUCCUCGACAUGGUAGAUCUCGAUCCCGGAGCCGUGACUAUUACUCUCCUCCACCUAGGAGGCAUCACUCAAGGUCUGUCUCGCCCCGGAAUGAUAGGUACGAGAGGGAGAGGUCGUACUCACGCUCACCAGCCCGUAAUGGCUCAAGGGGUCGCAGCGGAAGUCCACCGAGAGGCAGAAGUCAUAGCCCUAAAAGCAGGAGCCCGGGCCCGAGAAGGAGCAGGAGCCAGACCCCGAGAAGAAGCAGGAGCUACACUCCUGAGCCAGCCAGGAGCCGCAGCCCUAGCCGGAGCAGGAGCCCGAGCCCUCGAGGACGUGAAAACUACAGGAGGGAGCAGAAUGCUGACCGUUCUCCUAGCCAGUGAGUGAUAAUAUAUAGCGUCUUUCACUGUCACUCUUUUCUGGUGGUUUUCUGCUAUAUAUAGCUGCAGAUACUUGUGCCAUUAGAAUGAGAAUUUUCUCCCUCUUAUCAGGACAAAUCUUUUGUAGGGUUAUUAUCUUGUUUGCUGUUAAGAGUCUUCCCAUGAAAGAUCACCUAAAAACACAUGUUACUGUAAGAUGCGGUUUGCUUUUCAAGUUUCUUAAAUGUGUUGUGUCUUCUGUCCGGAUCUAGAUGGGGCCACCAAUGGAGGAAGCUUUUUGACGUUUUA